UCCAAAGUGGUGUAAACCGCCCACUCACACAAAAGCAUCUAAUCAUGUCAUGGCUGUCACAUGAGUGUAUCCUAGCAACAGAGACAGACAUCGACCAUUUAGUUUAGUUUUUUUUUUUCAGUCCAGCAGUGGAGUCAGACCUUGGUAUUUGUUUGCUCUGAGCUUUGUGAGUGGAGCGAUCAUUUUCUGUCUGCUCCACUCCUCCGCGUUUGGUCUGGUGUCUCCGUCAUUCUGGGGUAACAUAUGUCUCUGUUACACCUGUUUCUCCUGCAGACUAAAGAGAAGCCUGAGCCAACAGAAGAUUCAGGACAGAGGUAAUAAACAAUCUUUUAUGUAUUUAUUGAACUCUUGCUGCAGUUAUUUUUCUUUUAUAAACAGCCUUUUCAUAUGUUCCUAAUAUUUCACCUCUACAUUUUUAAAUGGAAAAAUCCUGCAGUUUUCGAUUGACUCUGGUAGAUUUAAACCAAUAUAGAUGGACUUGUACUUGUAGAUCUUUAUAGUUAACAGCCCAAUAGAAUCUGAUGAAUACAAAUCAACAGGCAAUUUGGAAUAGGAAUUACAAUGCAAAUCAGGGCUAGCAUUCCAUCACUGACACUGACCAACCUCCACAAAUAUACCAUAUCUUUUAAUUGGAGAAUUUAAUUGUUCUUUUCUAAAAAGCACCUCUGUUUUUAUUUGUUUCCUGGUUCAUUUAUUACAACCGAAUAAAGCCAGAGCUACUACUAGUUCUACUUAGGGUCACAAUUCCUUGGUUGGAGCAACACAAUUUUUUAGUUGGAUUGGAAAAAUGGAUGGCUGGAUUGAUGCAUGUAUGUAUGAUUGGAUGGAUGUACAGUUGGAUUAAUUAGAUGGGUGGAAAUUUGAGAAAAUGUAAGUAAGUUCAAAGUUAUGACGAGACAAAGACAGCUAGAGACUAUUAGCCUAAAAACAUUCAUUGUAUGGUUGUCUUAAGGUUUUUACUUUUCUUUACAGUCGGUCCAUUCAGCAGUGUCUGGUCUGGAAUCAUCUCAUCUCAUGACUAGAGUUUUGUCAACUUUACACACUGAAGAAGUCAUUUUAUAUCAUAUCUUCAUAACAGAUGCCAAUUUUUAAACCGGCGACCUCUCUGAAGAACUGGUCUUUUGGGGGAAUACUCUGGAAUGCAUUUGAAUCCUUUCUACUGCGUAAAAACAAAUACGUUUGGUGGUUUUGAAUUCAGGACGGUUUCAGCUGUGAUGCACACUCCAGCUUCCAUGGUGAUGGGGAUCGUGUUUUCCCCGUUGGGACUAGUCCUCGUGUUCACUGCCGCCAUUACUCCCCAGUGGAGAGAAGGUCAAGCACGACUGGGCACAUCAGGGUUAGGGUCUCUCCUCAAACCAGGAGUCAAAAGUCAAAGGUUGGGGGUGAAGUCGGUGGAGUCUCUGCUUUUAGUGCGAUCUGAUGGACUGUGGGAGAGUUGCCUCCAGGUGGAGCAGUCUGAGCUGAAACAAUGCUGGCCAGUGUCUGGUCCGUACCAGAGAGACCCUCGAGUUCGCCUGGCACAAGGUUUAAUCCUGACCUCGUUGUUCCUGUGUGGAACUGGGAUUGUUCUGGCCUGCAUCGGGGUCAGGUGUUGGACAGAUCUCCCUCUAAGAGGUGUAGCAGCGACAGGUGGACUCCUGGUGGUGGUGGCCGGGCUGCUGAGCCUGACUGCUCUUGGUGUCUACACCCACAACCUUGGACAACUAGGAAUGACCAGUCCAAGCCAUAGGACCCACCCCCACAGGUUCCCCAACCUUACUCUACAUCCAGCUGGAUCUCUGUACUUUGGGUGGCUGGGGUCAUGUUUACAGGUGAUGGGAGGUGUCGCUCUUCUGUUUAGCUUCAAACAGCCAAGAUGCCUGACCUUUUCAUGCUGCACAGAGAUGCCCGUCUGCUCUGUGUGCCGUUCAUGUUUACACAUGGGCAACAACAGAGACAUAGAUAUGACCCAGUAUGAUGUCAGCUAUUAGACCGUUAACUGUUUCAUUUAGAUUUAGAUAAAGGCAGUGGAGGAAUAAAUGUGAUCUCGGAGCUGAAGUAGAACAGAAGUGCUCCACUGGUUUCAAAAAUACAAUUUCACAAAGAUGUUAUUUUCUGUGUAAUUGUGCUAUCUGUGGCUAGAGUGGCUAAGAAAAGCAAAAGUUCAAUUUGGUGGGAUUUGUACAGAAGGUUCUGGGAUUGGAUCCACAUAGUCUCCAAUCCCAGGUUGGGUUGAGUCCGAAAGUGCAGCUGGUGUAAAAACUCCCUAAGCCAAACUCACCAAAAGACACAAUAUUAAAUUUAAUAUUUUAAAACAUGAAUCAGUAUAUAUUCAAUAUAAAUCAGUAUAUAAAUAUUUUUAUAUAUGGAAACCUAUAAAAUAGAAUUCUACAAAGAAGGAAUUCUCUAACAAAACACCUCUUACAACAGUGUUUAGACCUAAAUGGACCAAGUUAUUUUCACAAAUCAAGGGUUUUAAAAUAUGUCUACAGUGAGUAGUUGGUUUUACUUUUCUUGGUAUUAAAUCAAAACCUUAAACUGCUCAUUACUCUAUAGGACAAUGUCUAUGACACUAUGAAUUAUAAUCAUGAAUAAAAGUCCUUCAGGUUUUCCUCCACAGCCAGAUGGCAGUGUAACUUAGUUACUUGGUGCUGCCCCUAACUGUGCCAUGAUGUAAAACAACAACAAUUACAAACAACAACACGAGCGUCUCUGUGUGCAGCCUUUACCUUUCAAUCUGGCAAAACAAACUGUGUUUGCGGUGAUGAAGAGAUGAGCUGUUGUUUACAUGACGUCAGGGCUUUGAAGACAAACAGACACAGGAGCAACUGUAGUUUCAUUAUACAUGUUGUGAAGCGAAUGCAAAGCUGUGAUCUUUUAAGAUCUUUUAAGUUUUUAAGAAGUAGAUGUAAGUCGAAAUGUGUGUUUAAAUGACACGAUUCUUGUUUCCGUGGAUUUCAUCACUCUUGGCUAAUAGAAAAUAGGGUUGGUGCAGUUUUACUGUUCAUUAUUGAGGAAUGUAAAAGCUGUUUUUUGUUGAGUUUUGUUGGUUUCAAUUUGUUUGGUUUAUCUAUGGGGCCUUAAUGUUGGUAGUGUGUUGGUAAUGUUUUGAUACUGUGUGAAUCUGAAGAAGAGAUUGUACAGCAGUUUAAAUUAGUCGUUAUUAACUUGUUACUGUGUGCUGUGUGGUGAGGUCAAAAUUUAAUAAAACACUGAAACUAAAUCAAUGUGUCUGUUAUCUUGUGAAAUCAUCAAAAGACCAAGUGAGAAAAACAUAAAUCUAAAAGAAGACGUUUCACCUUUCAUCCAAGAGGCUUCUUCAGUUCUAACUGGUGGUGGGGAGUACUCGCAAAAUACAUUUUUUAGAUUAGACACAAAAGUUUGUACUUUUGGUUAGGUUUGGGAACAGGAAGGUCUAUGACCAACAGUCUUUUUUUAAAAAAAAAAAAGUUUCUCAAACUAUAAUGUGUGUACCUAUGGUCUUACUUUGGCCCCCUCUAUUGGUAUGUGUGAGAAAUGUUUUACUACAUUGGCAAAAUAUUGGAGGUGGACCAAUAAAAACCUCAAAAACCAUUGAAGUCACUAUGUUGUUAAACACAGUUGUCUUAUACUCUGGUGUAUAACUCUGUGGUGUUUAUUAUGGAAUUUAAUUUUAACUUGAAAUGUGAAUUUAUUGCAUUGUGUGAUUUCAGUCUAAAAAUUUGAUUAAGAAUAAAUUAUUUUCCAUGUACAUUGCUCAGUUGAACAGUGUUAGCCAUUGCCUUUAGCUUAUAUUCAUAAUGGUAUAUUCAUAUAGUUGAAUGUUAGAAACUGUAAAAACUGAAUGUUAGCCAGACAGAAGUAUCACUAGUCCAAGUUUAGAAGUAAUAAUAAGUAGAUUUUAUUUACAGGACAUCACAUUUAAAUUUUAUAUUAUAAAUUCUCAGUGAAUUAUUGUUGUAUCUAAAGAAUAAGACAUAAAUAUACACUUGGCAACUUGACCUCUGUUGUAAACUGAAUUGUAUAAUUGGGGACAAGUACAGGCUCGAUAUUUUUCUUGACACAAGCAAAAAGAACACACCGCCAUCAUGGGAUUGUUAUGCUUUGAGGUGAACAGCAAUAGACAACAGCGGAAAAUCAUAGACAAUAUGUAGGAAACAGGCGUAGUCACAUGGUUGCAAAAGUUAAGCUGCAGGAGUCUUAUGUUCUCAUGUGUGAACAGGAAUUCUUUUCUCUGUAAUAUUUUCUAUAAUGUUCUUAAGAUGAAUGGAGGUCCAACUCUUUUUUCAUUAAUCAAGAAAAUGCUAAACUGUCAUGUAAAUCAACUGUAUUUAUCCAGUCUACAUGACUAUUUAUCACGUUGAACCUAUGAUUAUACAGUACCUGGAUUGAAGCCAUAUUGCCCAUGUUUUAGCAAUAUGUCUACAAAUCACAAAAGUAUCUCAGAUGAUGAAAUACGGCAACAACAACAAGAGCAAAAACAGAUUCCCCCCAGAAGACUCAACAGUCAACUGUGCAGCAAAAAUCAAUACAAAAGCAAGAAUUCAAUGUUGGGCUAAUAAAAAUAGCAACAAUUGCUAUAAUGUAGCCGAGAAAUAAAUAAAAACAAAAAGCAACCAAAACUACAAUUUUGGCCACCAAUUUUUUUUCACGAUUGCCCUGGUAAUUUACAAUUAAAUAUGUUAGUAUGAAAAAUAAAAAACUGAUAUCACAGUUAGAUCAAUGUUGUCGAAAUGACCCAAUAUUUGCAUUUGUAUAGAUAAAUGUCUAUCUAUAUAGGACCAUUCUGGGAUUACAAGGUGAAUCGUGUAAGUAAUUGAAGUCAUCAAUUAUGAUCUAUACAGGAAGUUAAUGUUUGUUUUAAUCGUUUUAAUAAUUUGUCUAAUUUUACCUGGCCACGUAUAAAAUGUCUGUUUAUUUUAGGUUUACAUUACAAUAACAAACACAGGUUAGUAAUAAAUGAAACGGACAACUCCUAGAGCCGGAUGCACAAGCCCAACGAUUACUCCCUAACGGGAGAAAGUAAAAGAAGCUAAUGCUAAAUGUCACAGCACAGACACUGAAACUGAGAAAGAGAACUCGACCUCACGCUAAGUUUACGUACCAACAGUAUAAUGUAGCGUUAGCUGAAUGCCUUGUAACCUUGCACUGAAAGCCGAACCCGUGUCGUACUCGUACACCAUUGUUGAUGACACGCAAAUAUUUAAUUUCCCACCAAAUCAAUAAAAAGUUAUGAAAACGUUAGCGUAAUUUAAUCCAGUGACUGUGUAUUUACCUUUGCUUCGGCGAACAAAGUCGGGUGGCUGUCCCGCAGGUGACGAAACAUAUUGAAUGUAUUUCCAACUUUCACUGCUAUUUUUUGGCAUCAUUUACAUGCUGGAAAGUCGUCAUCCACGAGGACAAAAUAAUCCCACACGGCCGAUUUAAUGCCCUUACUGGAGGCCAAUAACUCUUCUGCCCUUAUUUCCAACUUUAACACGCCUCUGUUCUGCAAUUUGCACGGACCAAAAACAAGGCGACACACGUACAAAACGUGGGUGUUGUGUAACUAUGUUUUCGUUCUUUCGUUUUGUGCUUAACUAUAGUACCGGGAUAUGUAUAUAUUCCAGAAACGUUACGAUUGUAGCGUUUUAUAUAUAAAUAUAUGUACUGAUCAAAAUAUAAUUAAGUCUUUCAAAUAAAGUUUAUGCUGAAAAUUUAGAAGAUGUCCAAACUUUUUCUUAAAGAUAUUUAAAUGUGAAAACUCCCCAAAACAUAUGGAAGUUAAGG